AUGUCUUUAGUCGCCUAUGGCAGCAGUGAUGAUAGUGACUCAGAAGAAACCUCAACUUCUGCCGCGCCGCAGAGCAAAGUCAGCACAGGAGGGCUCUUCUCACUCCUGCCUGCUCCUAAAAAGCCAGUAUCGGCAGGAGGAAAUGGUGGGCCAAGAAAGGAGACAAAAGCGAACUGUUCCGCAGGGGACAACACGUCAAACGAUGACCUAGAUCCUCGGCCAUCUAAAGGAGUCUUAUUUUCUAGUCUGCCUAAGCCGAGGAAGCGAACAGAGCCUGUCAAGAUCACUGUACCACAGAUCCAGAGACGGGAUUCAGACUCUGAUGAUGAUGAUGAUGAACCAGCAAAGAAGAAACUACAUCCUCAGGGUUCAGGCCUUUCCUCCCUUCUACCACAACCCAAAAACCUGAACAGGAAGGAGAUUGAUAGACCCCUGAUUCCUUAUACACUCACCAAGCGCCAAGAACCCAAAGGGCCCAAGCCUGGAACGCCAGCUCAGGGUCUGCUCGGUUCUAGUGCGUCUCCCUCUGCAAUCAAAGCUGCAGCAAAAUCAGCCGCCCUGCAGCUGGCUCGACAAAUAGCCACUGACGACCAGGAUAACGAGGAGGAAAUCACCCCACAGAACUACUUUUCUCUGGGUGAGAGCUCCCAGCCUCUCCCUGCAGUCAUCCCAAUCUUAGACCCUGAGCCAUCAGCCCCCGCAGAACCUCUUGCACCUGCACCUGCAGAUGCAGAUGAGCCGGGUCAGUCAGAUGCCCCUCUCGACUUUGGAGGGAGCCAUGAGGGAGCUGGUGCAUGGGGAGGUCAGUAUCCUCAGUUUGAACAGCCCAUGGCAGGCCCAGAAGCUCUCCCUCAGGGAUAUUAUAAUGAGACAUACUACCAAGAUCCUGACGCCGGAUCGGCAGAGACUGAAGAGCCUGGCAACUCUGCCAUGUUUGAUGAUGAAGCGUUCAUGCGGCUGCAAGGGAAACGGAACAGGGGCAAAGAGGAAGUGAAGUUUCUGGAAAUCAAAGGGGACGACCAGCUAAGUGGCAACCAGCAGUGGAUGACCAAGAGCAUGACCGAAGAGAAGCAGGCCCGUCAGUCCUUCAGCAAGAAAAAAGGAGAACAGCCUACAGGACAACAGCGACGCAAGCAUCAGAUAACCUAUCUCAUUCACCAGGCAAAGGAACGUGAGCUGGAGCUGAAGAACAGUUGGGCAGACAACAAACUAACCCGCCGGCAGACACAGGCCAAAUAUGGUUUCUAAAUGUCAUACUGUGGACUAUUGGUGGCAUGUGGAAACCCUGCAUCAGAAAGUAGAGUAGAGCUUUCCAGAUUUCCCUACACAUUGAGGGAAACUUGUUCGAAAAGAAACUAUACACACCGUAAUACAGAUUUUCUCUCCUGCCCUCCCUCCUGUAUUUGUUAUAUAAUAUAAUUCAGUAGUUUUUUUGGUCAACUGUUUCAUAAAGGUGUAACUUCUGUAUGGAAAAUCCAGCCACAGUCGAUUCCUUUUACAGUAAAUAUAGGCUCUAUACAUGCAAAUAAACCUGUGGCAGAGAUGAUGUAAUGUGACCCUUGAGUGGCCAUUAUAAAUGCUUUCCUUUGAACGUGUAUGCAUAUUCAUACAGCAAACAUUGAUGUAUGAAUCCUUUUUUUGUUUUUAAUACGGAUGACUACAACAGGUUUGGUUCUCUGGCAAUUACACAAAUGUUAGUAAAAUGUUGAUGCAGAGAAAUGAACUGGAGACAGUUAAACCUGUGAGGCAUUACAUAUUUAUACGUUGAAUCAACAACUUUGUAAUAUAAAAUAAAGGUGAUAUUGGAAUACAUAUGCUGCAGUUGCUCGUAAUGACUCAUUAAAUUAAGGAUGUAAAAGUUGUCCAUGUUGCUUGUAUUUCAUCCCUAUUUUUUUUUUUAUUUACUUCAUGGUCUUGCAUUGAAAACUUCAAAGUUGUGAAAGAGCAUACCUGCAACUACAUCUUUUCUAAGGAGGUUUUGCAUAAAUGAAUUGCCAGAGAACCACACAUGCAUUUCACUUUCAGCUGGUUCUUUAGCUACCAUCGGGCCAGAGAACCAUCUGAUCUUAAAACUUUUUUUUUUUUUACCUGGCUGCAUCCAGCAUGCAUCUUACAGAUUCAGUAGUUUCUCCUAAAUACCAAUUACUUUUUAGUACUGUGAAAUGGGCAGCGAGGCAGCACAUUUAGCCUCUUGAAGAAGACCAAAAUGGCAAUCACAUUAAUUUCAAACUGAUUCCAAUCUCUCCAGCUUUGGAGAAUAUUGCAGAUUUCUGCUUUCUCUCUCUGAUUUGAAUAUCAUCCUUGCAUCAAUCUUUCCCAUUCUGCAAUUAAGCCUUUUAAAUGGCUUUUCACUGAAGCACUGACAUUUAUUCAGGCUCUUAAUUUUUUCCUCCUUUAAAAAAAGCAAUCAGAAGUCCACCCUCCAAUAUGUUUUUAGUUUUUCAAGCAGAAAAUAGAAUACAAAUGUAAACUCGUGAGCCAGGUUGCUGAAUGCACUAUAUGUCAUAACACAUGGAUUUUUUAGAGAGCUUCAUAUGUUAACUGUCUCGGUGUGGCGGUGGCUCUGUAGUCUUCCACCAUUCCUGUAUCAACACAUGCACAAGCUGAUCUGCCUUAAAACUGACUCAAACGUUAAUCAGGCACUCACAGCACUUCCUGGUUAAUUACAUAUCCAUUUAAUUAUCUUAACAUUGACCUCAGCUGAUUUCGUGGUACGAUUAACAAAGCAUACAAAAGUAUUAGGCACUGACAUUUCAAAUUCAGUGACUAACAUGUUUGAUGGCAUUGCUGGGAAAAACUUUUUUGUUUAUACUAUAUUUUGUUAUGUGUGUUGUGCAGUUAAAAUUAAUGAAUAAAUAUUUGUCUUUCCUGGCUCCAUA